UUGAAUUCUCGAACACUUUGAAGGCCUAUGACAGCUCCACUCAUCCCACCCAUGGCUUUCUCUCCUUCGUCUCCACGGUCUCCCACUCACUGAAAAUGGAGAAUUGAGCUUAUAAUACAUAAAUUCAGCGACAAGAACACCAAAACAGAGAGAAUUCUCGUAACUCUGUCUGUUUUCUUCAACAAAACUGAAAUCGAAGUCUUGUGGUACACAAACAUGUCAGGCUACGUAGGUAUUCUUGUGUCAGAUCCAUGGCUCCAAAACCAGUUCACUCAGGUCGAGCUUCGCAGCCUGAAGGUCCAUUUUAUGAGCAUGAGGAGAGAGACAGGGAGGCUAACGCUAAAGGAGCUAGCAUCGAAGAUGUCGAGACUGAAAGUGGUGGGCGAGAAUCUGACGGAGGAAGAGAGAGCGUCUCUAAUUCAAGAUUUGUACCAGAAUCUCGACGAUGAGGUUGAUUUCGAGUUCUUUUUGAAGGUUUAUUUGAAGCUCCAAACACAUGCUAGUGCAAGAACUGGAAGUGGUGGAAAAAGUAAUUCCUCGGCAUUUCUCAAGGCUGCAACCACUACACUGCUUCACACAAUCAGUGAAUCUGAGAAGGCAUCCUAUGUUGCGCAUAUUAAUAAUUACCUUGCGGAUGAUAAUUUCUUGAAGAAAUACCUGCCUGUUGAUCCUUCGACUAAUGAUCUCUUUGAGAUUGCAAAGGAUGGGGUUCUUCUUUGUAAGCUAAUUAAUGUGGCGGUUCCUGGGACGAUAGAUGAAAGAGCUAUUAACACUAAAAGAGUGCUUAAUCCAUGGGAAAGGAAUGAAAAUCAUACUCUAUGCCUCAACUCCGCUAAGGCUAUUGGAUGCACUGUUGUAAAUAUAGGCACACAAGACUUCAUCGAAGGGAGGCGGCAUCUUGUGCUUGGAAUGAUUUCUCAAAUCAUUAAGAUACAACUUUUGGCAGACCUCAAUUUGAAGAAAACACCUCAAUUGGUGGAAUUGGUUGACAAUAGUGAGGAUGUGGAAGAGUUGAUGAGCUUGCCUCCAGAGAAAAUCUUACUGAGGUGGAUGAACUUCCAGCUAAAGAAGGUCGGAUACAAGAAAGUGGUCACAAAUUUCUCUUCUGAUAUAAAGGAUGGGUGGGCUUAUUCUCACCUUUUAAAUGUUCUUGCCCCUGAGCACAGUAAUCCAUCUACAUUGUCUGUGAAAGAUUCUUUAGAAAGAGCAAGGUUAGUUCUAGAACAUGCAGACAGGAUGGGCUGCAAGAGAUAUUUAACCGCAAAGGACAUCGUUGAAGGUUCCCCAAACCUUAAUCUUGCUUUUGUUGCACAUAUCUUCCAGCACAGGAAUGGACUCUCUACCCAAACAGAACAGAUAUCUAUUCUUGAUACUUUGCCAGAUGAUAUUCAGAUUUCUAGAGAAGAGAGAUCAUUUCGUUUUUGGAUAAAUAAUCUUGGAAACACAUCAUAUAUUGACAAUGUCUUUGAAGAUCUUAGAAAUGGGUGGAUACUCCUAGAGACCCUCGAUAAGGUUUCACCAGGAAUUGUUAAUUGGAAGGUUGCAAAUAAGCCUCCUAUUAAAUUGCCAUUCCGAAAAGUUGAAAACUGUAACCAAGUGGUAAAAAUAGGAAAACAAUUGAAAUUUUCACUGGUGAACAUUGCUGGACACGAUAUUGUACAAGGAAGUAAGAAAUUAAUACUUGCUUAUCUGUGGCAAUUGAUGAGAUACAACAUGCUCCAGCUUUUGAAGAACCUGAGACUCCAUUCCCAUGGUAAAGAAAUUGUCGAUGCUGAUAUUUUAGUAUGGGCCAACACUCUAGUCAGCAACUCAAGAUGCCAGAGUCGCAUGGGUAGUUUUAAGGAUAAGAGAUUAUCAGACGGAAUUUUUUUCCUUGAACUACUAAGUGCUGUUCAGCCUAGAGCAGUAAAUUGGAGGCUUGUUACGAAAGGGGUAACUGAUGAUGAGAAACAUAUGAAUGCCACCUACAUCAUCAGCAUUGCUAGGAAGCUUGGAUGUUCGAUAUUUUUGCUUCCUGAAGAUAUAACAGAGGUGAAUCAAAAGAUGAUUCUUACAUUGACGGCAAGUAUAAUGUACUGGUGUCUGAAACAUCCUGUUGAAGAGAAACUAUCCGGAAUUUCCGAUAGUGAGAGUGGUAGCCAAGUCGACACAACAUCAAAUUCAACAGUAGAUGACUCUGCCUCAGAGUCAUCAAUAGAAGAUAGUAGUAGUAUAUAAAUACUGAAUGACAGAAAGUUGAAACUGUCUCUUCUUCUUCUUCUUUCCUGUUUAAAUUUUCUUCCUCUGUAAUUGUUAGAACUUGUAAUCCCAUAUCAUUUGAAGAGCAACAAGCAAUGGGGUUUAUGAGAAAAACUCAAGCUUCUCUGAAAAAACAAUGUCUUUUCUGGGCUCAAUGUUUAUUUGAGUGAGUUGAGAUUUCUUAUAGGAA